AUGGACCCAGUCACUUCGGCGACUGACACUGCUUGGAAUCUUGACAGCGCCGGUUCAUUUAUGCAUCCUAUCGGACUUCAGAUCGGGCCCUCUCCCAGCGUCCGGGGCGAGUUGACUCCCCAGCUGAGAACAGAUCCAACACCGAUUGAACCUGGAAUCAGCAUCUCUCUUAUUGACGCAAUUGGAAGAUCAGGAUUUUUUUCUCAAGCGGGAUCAGAUCCGGCUUUAGCGAGAACAGCUGUAAUUGAAUCGGGAACGGAAAGACUUCAAGUCAGAAAGAUCGAUAGCAGCUCGACUUCCGGCAUUGAUGAGCUAGAGGAGCAAGCAGAACGGGAAAACAGGGACAGAGGCAAUGAGUUCCACUGCCAUCCAUUACUUCAGUUAAGUGCACGCCUUCCGGUAAAGGAAGUCCGGGGAAUGCCAUCAAGUAAGAAAGCAGCAAGUUCAGUCUUUUCAGAGAGGCCUCGUAUGCAGAGAGCUUUGAGCCAGACGCAAGGGGUGUGGGACAUGGCUUGGAGUCUUGCAUAUGAGUGCGAGGAAAGAGCCUCGCUCCUAGCCUCUAGACUGAAACUUCACCUUCAAGCAAGGCUUGAGAGCAAAGGAACCUGGGUACGGUCGAAUAAUCCAACCUUGGCUUGCUUGCCUGAGCCUGCCUUGCAUACUGAUUUCCGUUGGUUCUUGGUUUUGGUAAGGUUUUCCUCUUCAAGUAGUAAGGCUUUGCAUUCGCAGGAACUAGCCCGUUGCGGUAACAUCGUUCAGAGUUCCAGUUCGGAACCGAGCGUCAACCAAGGGCCAGAGAGGAAUGGUGCGGAUGCCGGACCUUCUGGCACACCAAGCUCCUCCUCAUGGGAGGAAGAUUCAUUCGGAUUACGGGUCCUUGAGGAGUCGUCUUAUGGCACAGACACAUCAAGAGAGGGCCCGCUGGAGCAGGCGGCUAUACCUUUUCCUCCUGCUAAUCCAGUCGCUUCCCCGGAGGCGGCUCAAGAGGCGCUUCCGCAAGCGCCAGCACCCGCUGAAGUUGCCCAUCCCGUUCCUAACCAAGAGGAGGUUGCGGCACUCAGAAGGGAACUUCAUGUCUUAAUCCAAGAACAGAUUCGUGCAGAAUCCGAAAGGGGGCGGGGUCCGCUGUCCACUCAGUUUCCGGAACAGAGGGAAUUCAAUUCUGAAGCCGCCCACAAUCUAAUGGCGCAGCUGGAGCUCUCUGGGGAGACUGACACGGAUAGUCUCCGCGAAUGGGCGGAGAGAAUAAGAGGAGAUCCAAGUCUCCUCAAACCCCUUAUUGUGGAUUAUUUACCCCAAAAGUAG